GCACAUCAUUAACACAGAGAGAGAGAGAGACUGCUACUACUGCAGCAGCUACAGAGGACUUUUAUCCCUGCUUAUUUGGGGCAGAAAAAGAGGUCCUCACUGCUUGACCACUGGGACUUUUAUUUUUUCUCACUUCUAUCAGUGCUGAGUGUGGCUUCUGACCAUGUGCCUGAACGCUCUAGGGAUCCUGCUGUCCUUCCUGGCUCUGUAUGGUUACAUAUGGGAUGGAGCAUCUGCUUAUGUUAUGAUGACCAAGUCCAACUCAAAUUCCAUUAAGAACGUGCCGGCUGUACCAGCAGGUCCACCAAUGAGUUACUACCCGGUCAGUGUCAGUCCGGACUCCUUCUAUGACAUGGCUAACAAGUACCAACCUCUUGAAACUCUACCGGUAAGUAUUCCUUACUCCAGCAGUCCUGUUAAUAGACUAUGUUACGGCCACUUAGAAAUGACAAAUGACUUCCUUCAAUUUCUUUUAACUCUCAGGUUUUUUUUUUAGCUGUGAUUACCAUCAGUAAACGUUAAAAUGAUUUGUGAUUGUUCUGUUAAAAUAGUUAAAAAAAAAAAAGUAAAAGAAGUUUAUGAUGCUUUGAAUCAUGUUAAAUAAUGCAGCAAUAAUGAGGAAACGAUGUAGGCAACAAAGUGUUAACCCUUUAACUGCUGAAGAUUUCUAAAAAAGUAAAAGAUGAACUUCUGUAAGAGCAAUGGACUGUCAGAUGACCCCACACAGAUAUGUGACAGCUUAACCCAGUCUUUGGUAGAUAUACUCUGUCACUGCAGCUUUUGGAGGUGCCAAAGUCCCCCAUCAUUGGUUUUAAGCUCUCAGUAGUAUAUUGCAAGCCUGGUCCUCUGGUCCCAGGGAUACAGAGUUUGGGGCACUUCGAACAAUCAUGUCUUGUAAGAGCAUGUGUUAUGUUUGCGUUCAUGGCUGUGUGUUCCCAGUAAUCUGACCCAUGCUCCGUCCCCCCCUCCCACAGCUCUAUACCUGCACGGAGGAUGAUGACUGCGCCAUGGAUGAAUUCUGUCACAACUCCAGGAAUGGGAAUCCCAUGGUGUGCCUGGCCUGCAGAAAGCGCAGGAAGCGCUGUAUGAGAGACUCCAUGUGCUGCAUGGGCAAUUAUUGCAGUAAUGGUAAGAGAGACUGUAUUCUAACUUACCAAUUCCUACCCCUGGUGCAAAUAUGUUCCAUUCUAAUGAAAGAGACUGGAGGAUAUUAGUUCCAUUCUAAAAAAAAAAUCUACUAAAUUCUCCAUAAUGAAAGAGACACCCAAGUCUAUGUAUAUUUUUCAACAAUUUUUUUUUAUUUUUUUUUAAACAGAGAUUUCGGUUACCAAUUAGCUUGAAUUUAAAUAAAACACACUCAGAAUCUCCCAUAAUUCAGUAUGCCAACAUGUAUUUUACAUUCAGUAGCAAUAUGGCCAAACCUUUCCUUAAGGCUAGAGAGGUAAAUAAAAACAAAAAAGCCCUUCAGGCUGUCAUUUUAAAUACAGACAUGUAGAAUAUAUGUAUGAAUAAUAAACCAAUCAGCUCUCUCAACAGAUAGUGCCAUACACACCUCUAGGUGAAUGCACAGACACGAUAUCUCAGGGAAGCAAUGAGUAGACAAUUAGGGCAGUUAAGUAUGUUAGUCUACUCCUGUAUAGCCUUAUAUUCAUCAAAGGCAGAAGAACUAGCAUUUCAAGUUUAUCCAACCAACAAUUUAGACCAUCUGGGGCCAUUGAUACAAUGUAACAGUAUUUAUCUUAAAAAAGGCUUAUAAGAAUAACAUUGUAUCCCAAACACAAAUACACCUGGCAUAGCUAUAAAUUAAUCAAUAGAAUCACCCUCCUAGCUAAUUAAGAUUGAAAGAGUUUUUGUCACCUCUGAAAAGCAUGGAUAAUAAGCAAUAGCCUUAUAAUGUUGUGUCUUUGAUAGUUGCUCAACCACCUGAUGGCAAGAUUCACAAAACAUUCAAAACUCUUAACUGGGGGCUCAUUGUUUUUAGCAUAAUCUUUAAAAGGGUCACUUACCACAUCAAUGGCUCUUGUUGCCAAAUACCCCCCUCUGUGAUUUGAGGAUUGACUUUGCAUAACUGAGGGUGUCUACUACCUACUGUUAAAAUGGUCGAUUUGCUCAAUUUCAUUUCUAUUUGCCCUGUUUCAUGUCCCAGGUGUGGGGAGGCAUUUCUCCCUGUGCUAAUUUAACAUACUUUAACAAAUCCUUUCACUCACUCCUAUGUGAAUCCUGAGCUAAAAUUCUCCUCUCUUCCUCUUCACAGGGAUCUGUUUACCUACGGAGCAUGAUCAGGAAAAGAUUCAAAAUCCAGGAUUAUUGGAAGAAGCAAUGCUGGACAAUUAUAACCCUGAACAUGCUACAGUGGAUACUCACACUAAAUUAACUACAUCCCCCGCUGGAAUGCAGCCGUUUAAAGGUAAGGUAUCAUUUCAGCUAAACACUAUCAUUGGGAAACAUUCCAUAAGUCUACAAUGAUGACCUUAGUAGACAAUAUAGGGCUAUAUUUAUCAAGGCAAUAUAGGAACUAUUCUAGUGUAAAGUGUUACAGUUCAGAGACAUUCCACUGAAUGUUCCUUAUUUAGAAACUCUUUUGACUCAAUAGUGUGGAAUAUAUAUUUUUUUUCAAAGAAACAUGGAACUCUUGUCAAAUCUCAAAAGAAGUUCAUCAGUUAAAAGUGAUCCUUAUCACCAAAUAGGUCUGAAUUGAGACUUCCCAGUGUUCAAUUAACGCUGAGAAUGUUUGUGUUGAUAAUAAAUUCAUGUUGUCCUCUGUCUUUUGCCUCGAUAGGAAACGAUGGUGAUGUGUGUCUCAGAUCUAGCGACUGUGCACCAGGACUGUGCUGUGCACGCCAUUUUUGGUCCAAGAUCUGCAAACCCGUCCUUGAGGAAGGCCAAGUCUGUACGAAACAUAGACGAAAAGGAUCUCACGGGCUGGAAAUUUUCCAGCGUUGUCACUGUGGAUCUGGCCUGUCAUGCAAACUCCAAAAAGGAGAAUUCACAACUGUCCCCAAAACUUCAAGACUUCACACGUGUCAGAGACACUGAAGAAAAGAAAUGAUGGACUUGUUUAUUUUUUGUUUGUUUUUUUAAAUUAAGUUAAGCUAAAACUUUGAAUGACAGAUUACUUUAUUUUUGGAUGUAUCUAUAUAUAUAUAUAUAUAUUAUCACAGUUUACAUAGAGUACUUUGGCCACCCCCUGAGCCAGGGUUAACAUUAACUUGUUUCUUUUUAUGGAACUGCAUUUUAUUCACAUUGUCUGCAGUAAAUUACUGUGUUGUAAAUAGAUAAUGCAACUCUUGUUGUAAAUAUUUAUGAAGAUCUACACAUUUUCUCUCCUAUAGACCUUCACAUUGUAUGUGUGGGAGCACCUACCCUUUUUUUUUUAAUGGUACAACGAUAGAACUUGUGUAUUAGUCCUUAUUUUUUAUUGAAAUAAAAACCUG